AUGCAAGAAAGACGAUUUUAUUCAGCACCUACUUAUAGCAUCCUUCUCUCCCCUUUGUCUUCCUUGGUGGAUCACUCGAAUAGACCCUUCCCACCACGUGACCAACAUACAGUAGAUGUCAGUAUGCCAGUUGACGCUAUGGACGACUAUGAGAGGCCUCCCCCUAGGAUGUACCCUAGACGAGGUCGGAAACAUUUUGAUGAUGGGCCCGACUCUGAGAAAUUCCGUAAACUUUUCAUUGGUGGUCUAAGUUAUGAUACUAAUGAAGAGAGUUUGAAGAAGCACUUCUCAAAAUGGGGAGAGAUUGUUGACUGUGUGGUCAUGAGGGACCCCAAGACCAAAUGGUCAAGAGGCUUUGGCUUUAUUACUUACAAGAAUGUAAGUGAAGUUGAUGAAGCUCAAAAGCACAGGCCUCAUGUUCUUGACAAUCGUGAAGUUGAGACUAAAAGAGCCAUGCCAAGAGAUGAUGCUGAAUCUCAAGCAACUGUAAAGAAAAUGUUUGUGGGUGGUCUCAAGGAAGACACUACAGAUGAACAGUUGAGAGAGUUAUUUGAGCCUCAUGGCAAAAUUUCUACCAUUGACUUGAUUAGUGACAAGGCCACUGGAAAGAAGAGGGGAUUUGGUUUCAUUUCAUUUGAAGAUUAUGAUACCGUGGAUAAACUAGUAUUGAAAAAAUACAUGAAUUUGAAUGGUAAACAAAUUGAAGUGAAGAAAGCCUUGUCCCGCUCUGAAAUCAAUAACAGUAGAAUGGGUGGUCCUGGAUUUGGUCCUAGAGGUGGCCGUGGAGGCAUGGGUGGCAGAGGUGGUGAUGGCCCUGGUAUGGGUGGUGGUAUGGGUGGUGGAAGAGGAGGCCCUGAUGGUGACUGGUCACCAGGUUUUGGCGGUGGAUAUGGAGGUGGAGGUGGUAACUUUGGUCCUGGCGGUGGAUAUGGAGGAGGAAACUUUGGAGGAGGUGGAGGUGGCUAUGGAGGCGGUGGUGGCGGUGGCCCUGGUGGCUAUGGAGGCGGUGGCCCAGGUGGCUAUGGAGGAGGUGGCGGCGGCGGCCCAGGUGGCCCUGGUGGCUAUGGAGGUGGUGGUGGUGGUGGCCCUGGUGGCUACGGAGGUGGUGGUGGUGGUGGCCCAGGUGGCUAUGGAGGUGGUGGUGGUGGUCCUGGCGGCUACGGGGGAGGUGGUGGCGGCUAUGGAGGUGGCGGUGGUGGCCAAGUGGUCAAGGUGGUGGUGGCUAUGGUGGCGGCUAUGGUGGUGGCCCAGGUGGCGGAAGUGGUGGCGGUGGCUGUGGAGGUGGCGGCUAUGGCGGUGGUGGAAGCGGAGGUGGCGGCUAUGGCGGUGGAGGAAGCGGAGGCGGCGGCUAUGGCGGUGGAGGAAGCGGAGGCGGCGGCUACGGUGGUGGUGGUGGAGGAAGCGGAGGUGGUGGCUAUGGAGGUGGAGGAAGUGGUGGUAGCGGAGGCUAUGGUGGGAGUGGAGGUGGCUACGGCGGCUCAGGUGGAGUGUGGCUAUGGCGGUGGUGGUGGCGGCUCUGGAGGAGGUGGCUAUGGCGGCGGCGGCUCUGGAGGUGGUGGUGGUGGCUACGGUGGUAGUGGAGGUGGCGGGAGUGGUAACAGUGGCUAUGGAAUGGGAGGUGGUGGAGGUGGAGGUAGUGGUAGUGGAGGUGGCUAUGGCAGCUCACAUGGCAAUGACUUCCAAGAUGGAUUUGGAGGUGGCAGCAGUGGCGGAGGUGGUGGAGGUGGAAGUGGCGGUGGUAGCUGGCGAGGCAGCAACAGCUACGGUAACAGCUAUGGAGGUGGCCCUAUUAAAGGCAGUGGUUCUGGUGGUGGUGGUAGCUACUCCCAAAGAGGAUCUGGACCUUAUGGAAGUGGUUAUGGUAGCAGCGGUGGUGGCGGCGGCGGCGCAGCUCAACAUUCAGGCAGGCUUUACAGUGCUGAAAACGGAGGCAGCUAG